AUGGCUAGGAGUUCAACUCAAUACGAUUACCUUAUUAAGCUUCUUAUCAUAGGUGACUCAGGAGUAGGAAAAACCUGUUUCCUUCUUCGUUUUUCAGACGACAAUUUCACAGCAUCCCACCUCACCACUAUAGGAAUCGACUUCAAAUUGAAAACAAUCGAUAUCGAAGGGAAAACCAUCAAACUACAAAUCUGGGACACAGCAGGCCAAGAACGUUUUAGAACAAUCACGCAAACUUACUAUAAAGGAGCUAUGGGGAUCAUUCUCGCAUAUGACUGUACUGAAGAAAAGUCAUUCAACAACAUCAGAAACUGGGUUCAACAAAUCAAAAUGCAUGCCAACGAAAAUGUAGCUAAGGUCCUCAUAGGAAACAAAUGCGACAGACCUGAUAAAAAAAUAUCGACAGAACAAGGACAAGCCUUAGCAAAUGAACUUGGCAUCCAGUUUUUUGAAACGAGUGCGAAAACUAACAUCAACGUAAAUGAAACUUUCCUUCACAUUGCGAAGGAAAUUAAAGAUAAAAGGCUCGGAGAGGCUGCAGGAGCAGCAAACAGCGUGAAGGUCACAAAAGCACCAGCUGGAACCAAAAAGAAGGGUUGCUGUUAA